AUGAGAGACUUGUUCACCAGCCCAAGUGUAUCCUUUGCCUACGAAAGAGGCUGGCGCCAGGGAUUCGCCGCAGCAGGAUUUCCAGGGCCUGACAAGGAAGCCGAGUUUGCCAUGGACUACUUCGCGCCAGCGAUUGCCAAGGCUGAAGGAUCCAAUGUUCUAGUCGAUAUGAGUUGUGCUACUGGUCUUUUCACUCGUCGAUUUACCAAGAGUGGCAAGUACGACCGGGUUCUCGGUUGUGACUACUCGGCAUCCAUGCUGCAAGAGGCUCGGCGUAGAAUCAAGGCGGAUCCAAGCCUUUCCCCGGAGAGACGACAGUCGCAGUUGGACCUGGUUCGGUGCGACGUUGGCAGGAUACCAAUGAAGUCCGAGUCCGUUGAUGCGUUUCAUGCUGGUGCUGCCAUGCAUUGUUGGCCCGAACUGCCGAAGGCUGCAUCUGAGAUUUAUCGCGUACUGAAACCUGGAGGAAGAUACUUUGCCACUACAUUCCUCUCAAGCUACUUCGGAACCCUUCAAUCGGCUGAAGGAGGCGCUACUGGCCCAUCCAGGCAAGCUUUCCAGUACUUCGCAUCCACCCAAAUGCUUCGUGAGCUGAUGGAAGAAGGGGGCUUUUCGAGGGAGAAAAUCUCGGUCGAAGUGAUCGAGCCCUCUGCAGUGAUUAUCCGUUGCGAAAAGUAA